UGUUCCAGCCUCCUACAGCUAUAGCAUGUUGUCUUUUAUUUUCUUUGCUUCUGCUCUUUUUUCACUUUGUGCAACUUCAACAACUGGCAGAGUAAGACUUAGUAGUGAACACAUAGCUCACAGUGGUAUUGUAGAGAUAUUCAUUAAUGAUCAAUGGCUUCCAGUCUCAUUCCGUGAAGCCUGUAGUGAAAAUGAAGGAGAUGUCAUCUGCAGGCAGCUUGGUUUUAAGACAAAUACUGGGACUUACAAGCAGGAACUGUGCUCAAACCCUGAGCUAUAUAUAUUUGAUAUGUCUUGCAUUGGGACUGAAGUAUCUGUUCUACAAUGCAAUGACAUUACAACCAAAAGGUCUGCCAGUGAUGAAGACAAUAAUUUUGAAGCUUGUGCAGUAUCUUGUGCCAAUUCCCUAACACCAUACAUCAAUAGCUCAACAAGCCUGUUAUCAUUGUAUCAUAAUGAUGACUGGUAUCCAGUUUGCUAUGAGACCAUAACAGAGUCUGAUGUGACAGUCAUAUGUCGUGAGUUAGGAUACAGUGAAGGAGUAGCUGAUUCUGUCACAUUUGAUUUCUAUUCUACUAAUAAUUCUGCUCUAUAUUUUGAUGGUAACUGCACUGGAUAUGAAUUCUCAUUGAGUCAAUGUCACCUCAACGAUGAAAUACAAGUUGAUUCUGAUUGUACUGGAAUAACAGUAGUAUCUUGCUUUGGAUUUAGUCAGCCCCCAUGUCCUCCUCUGCUUUAUUCCACUCCAACCUGUAGCUCAAUCACUCUCUCUGUAUCACAUAAUAAUCAUUAUUACUACAUCCAAUAUAAAGUUCAUUCUAAUGACAAUUCUUCUGACUACUGGCUGAAAACUUCAUUAAGAAAUGAUAGUAUAAUAACAAUUGAGAAUCUAUUGCCAGCAACCCUGUAUCAGUUCAACACAGUUCUGGUUGGGCUGAAUGAUAAUAGCACUGCUUCCAAUUCAGUGCUGUACAUUACAAGCAAACCAAGAGUGCAAAGUGUGUACAUGUUAACUGCUAGUAAUGUUACCAGCACCCAAUUAACUCUUAGUUGGAAGUUAUCAGACUCAUUGUGUCCAGUUGUGUCCAUUACUAGUUUUGAAAUUCGUCUAAGUAACUCAGUUCAGACCAUUACAGUGUCUUAUGCUGCCUCUGAAGUACAAAAUGAUAAAGCAAGCUACAGGGCAGUCUUAGCUGGCCUGACCUCUAGUACACGAUACAGUAUAACUCUUAGAGCUAUUGGUAAAGUGGGCAAUACUAGUGAAUUAGUAUAUGGACCAAACUCAAAUGAGCUCUUUAUCAAUACUCUAUCAUCAGUAGCUGGUUCUGGUGGCUCUUUUCUUUCUAAUGAAACAGUCUCUGUAGUUUUAUUCAUUCUGCUAUUAAUAAUAGUUGGACUCAUCAUUGUUAUAGGAGGCGCUCUCUUUCUUUAUUUCAUUUCAAAAAAGUGCAGAAAAUUAGGAAGAAAAAAGAAAAUGAGGACUUCGAGUCUAUACUGUGAUACUAAUGUCUACAUUACAGGUGAUUUAUCUGAUCAGAGCUACAUACCAAUGUCAACCAGGCUGGCAAUACCUGCACUAGAUAACCCAGUGACACUGAUUAACACUCGUAGGAGAUCCAGCAGUGUUGACAGAACACCUGACUGCUACUGGAUAAAUCUUCCAUCAUCUCAAGACAUUACUACAUUCAGUCCAGUGCUAGAGGAAUCAACAGAUGCAGAUAAUGCAAUGUCUGAUGAUGAUCAGGGACCAACAGCAAACAGCACCAGUGCUUUGGUUGAAGGAGAAAACGAGGGAGGGAUUACGAUUACAGCAGCUACUGGUGAAGAGAGACCAAAUAUAAAGAUAAUUGUUGAUGACAUUGAUGAUGAUCAUCCAUAUGAUGAAAUACCAGGAGCACCAAAGAGGAAAAUGACAGUACAAGAAAAUAGAGAUCUUGUAAUAGCAAACCGGACAACGUUCAGAGCUGCAGAAGGAGAUGAGAGUAGGAAAGAGAAUGUUGAUGAUGAUGAUGAUGAUGAUGAUGAAGAGAAGGUUUACGAUGAAAUACCACCACCACUAACACCAGAUGAAUCAUCUAUCUCUAGUCAAGAUGAAGAUCUCCCUCCAUAUCUCCUAACACUAUCUCAAGAACCAAAUGAGCUCACUCCAACCUUCCUUCCACCGCCAAAAGAAUUUGCAGAUUUGCCACAAAGAAGACAAGGAGCUGUCAUAUCACCAAUCUACUCUCAAGCCAAAACAAAACCAUCACACCAUAAGAGACAUCGCUCGUUUGACAAUGAAGAGCCUCCAACGACCUCUGGGGACAUUAUGAGCAGCCCUCAAGCAGCUCAUAAGUCAGAGAAGAACUCCCUUCGUGGCAGAACUGCCUCUCACUCUCUAGUGAGCAGGAGCAGGGCCUAUACAACACAAUCAGUGACAAGACUUGAUGUUAUUGACAAGGUCUGGGACUGGGAGGAGAGGGAGGGAGAGAUGAAGGAUGCUUACUACAACAUCCCGAGCACUUUCAAGGAUCCAGUGAGUGCCAGCAACGAGUCUCUACCUGCUAGUAAAAGAAAAGAUGAUGGUGAGUAUGAGAUACUAGUUCAUCCAUCAGUCUCAGGUACUGCCAUUGGCACUGGACCAAGAGUGAGGAGACAUAAAAGGCCUCCUCCUCCAGUCCCUUCGCAUCCUCCAUCAACCAAAGUCCUUAGCAUAUUGAAAACCCAAACUGGAAAGUGAAGACUGAAUACACAAUGAAUAAAUUUUUGAUAAUAAUGAUAUAAUAAUAACACUAGUAUAAUAACUAUAUAGACAUAUAUAUAUAUUGGUAGAAUACAUAUAUGGAAUACAAUUCUGCUUUUUUAUUUGCAAGUAAUUUGAACUAUUUCAAAAA